UCUGGGACAACUACAGUAGGAAAAAAAAAGAUAUCAAUUAGAUUUUUUGUAUUUUUAAGCAACAUACAGAAAACAAAUCGACAGGAUCUUCAAAUUAAUUUUAUUUUUAUUUUAAUUUAAUAUUUUCAGUUGCUUUUUCUUUUUCCGUCUUCCAUAAAACACUGCUUCGAAAGGUGUUUUUAUUUACUUCCAUGGUUGUAAUACUACAGAAGGGAGGAAACACCAUAAAGUAGCUCUUUGGAAGUUGGGAAAUUUUAUUUAAUAUAUACUCUGAACAUGAGCGAAGCAAACCAAGGGAAUAAUCCUGAUGCAUCAGCGAUUGUUCCUGUGAAGCGAAAGCGUGGUCGUCCUCGCAAAUAUCCAAGACCGGAUCCUAAUCAUGGGGGCAAUGCUCAUGCUUCUAGGAAUCAGAAUCCAAAUCAUGGGGGCAGCUCACGUGUUCCACCUGGAUUUGUCAGGGUUAACGGGAAUCAGCCCCGUCAAGAAGACCCAGUAAUCGAUGCAAAUGAUGUCAUGGUGGGUCAGGUAGUCCAUGGCGUCAUUGAAGCAGCAUUUGAUGCUGGAUAUUUACUCUCUGUCAGGGUUGGCAACUCAGAAACCACUUUGCGGGGUGUUGUUUUUAAGCCUGGACAUUAUGUUCCUGUUUCUGCAGACAACGAUGUUGCCCCAGGUGUUCAGAUGAUCAGAAGAAACGAGAUACAAUUCCCAAGAGAGAACAAUCCUCAGGUUCAUAGCCAUAAUCGGUCAAGAGAGAGAAACGGAACUGUUCAUGCACCUCGAGCUACUAAUCCUGUAGUCCCCAAAAUAAGGCAGCAGGUGCCUUCAGUAGGAAGUCAAUCGUCUUCUCCAGGGAUCUCAAGGGGCAAUGUUGUGCCUGUUGUACUCCAGCCCAUUGAUUUGUCAAAUGGGGUUGCAGGUGAACUGUCUUCAGUUGCAACUCAGCCUGCUCAUGCAGUGGGCUCUAAGGGCAAGCAGGCACUAGAUGCUGCUCAGCCAUCAAAUGGAUCACCACCUGCCAACCAAUUGCAAGCAAUUGAAACCCAGUUGCUUCACUUUCAGUCUCAAAAUAACCACCAGGUAAUGUCUACAGGCAUACAGAAGGAAGCUGGUCUUAAUCAAAAUUCAGCUGAGGCAGCUGGUAUGCCUUUUGAGAAACUGUUAACUGAGGUCAUUAAGAGAACUCAAGUACCAUCUCCAUCAAAAGAGAAUAAUACUAGCUCAACUGUUAAAUCAUGUGCAGAAGAUGAUGACAGUAGCGCAGAUCUGCCUCUUUCAGUUGAGCCCCUGCAAUCUGUGCAGCCAGUUCUGAAUAAUCACCCUGCAGUUCUGUCAAGACCCUUGGAGAACUAUAGAACUGGAAAAAUGACUGAGCUGCUACAGGAAAACAUGCCCCAAAACCAGGUCACCGUGGACCCCAGAAUGAAGGAAGAUGAACUAGGCCCAGAAACCGAACAUGGAGAUGAAGAUGGUGGCAAUUCAAUGAAACAUUCACAGGCAUCAAGUGUCUGACGUGAUAAAUGUUUCCUUGGGGAGCAAUCUCAUCGCUGCUGCUUCCUACCUAACAUGUUCAGGAGCAAUUUGCAGCAACUGGACAAUCAUGUAGACAUCUUGUUAUCUUAGAGUAGGUAAAAGCCAAAGAUCUAUGUUUAAACCCUAGAGACCAAAAGAUGCCCGUUAUUAUUUAGCAGUUGUAGGUUAUGUGACGGUUUGAUGUUUAGCUUCUUAAAUAUUUGUAAGUGUUCUGUUCAGGUUACCGAGCGUGUUCCCCAUGGCUUAUGUUAUGAUUCAGUGUUAGAAAAAGAGAGAAAAGAGGAACUAAAAGAAGUGCGUGCUAAUUUAUUUUUCAUAAUUUAGUUGAUAAAAUUUGGAAUUCUCAUGAUUAAAUUGGAUGACUGCAGUUCUUGAAAA